UUGCCCCCACUAUUUCUGAGAUAAUAGAAAAAUGCAGAACACUGCUAAUAGUGGGUAGGAUAUGUCCUGUACUUGUUAAUGAGUAUUCUGUUUCUUAAGCUUAUUCAGAUUCUUGCCAUGAGUUUUUAAAAAUGCUUAGGGUAGGAGGCUUUUGGAGAUAUAAUAGGACAUGAAUGGACAUUCUGGAAUCUUUUCAGAUAGGAAAGUUUCCCCUUAACUGUAUAUGCAGAUGGCACAGUAAUUUUUUUUAUUGGAGUAUAGUUAUUUACAAUGUUGCAUUAAUUUCUACUGUACCACAGUGAUUUUUCUAAGAAAGCAUUGAUUUGUUUUUAUGACACAGAAAACUUUGUGGGCUGUUUAUUUUCAGGUCAUCUGUGAACAGCAAACAUUCCUUUUUUUAGUUAGUUUAGUUAGUUAACUUCUUCUGUAAAUCAAAAACUGCUGUGCUUUCUGCAGACAUUUUCUCUCUGGUUUUCCAAAUUACCCUUUCUACCAUGUAGAAAAAUCUUUUUGUGGACGUCGUUUUGGUCCUUUGCUUUUUGAAAUGUGUGUAAAACUCAGCCAUAAUCGAAUAUUGGAUUCUAUCAGCAAGCAUCAAAUAGCACCCAAUGAAUUGAGAGUAAUACAAAAAAAUUAACUGGGAUGUGACUGACUGAGCAUGAGUUCACCCAGUUUUAUGCAUUUCACAGUUUAUAUUGUUGUUCUCAGCUUUUGAUUUUGAAAAUGGUUAAGAUAUAAUUGCUUUGACCAAAGUGGUGCUAAAUCAUUAUUGAUUUAAGAAUCUCUGGCCAUGAACAAUCAACGUGGACUUGAGUUUUUGUAGCUGUUGUUAGGACAUGCAUUUUCAGGAAGGGUGAUAUCGCCCCCAACAGGGGAAAAUUGUCCUUGGGGACAAAAACGUCUUACUCUUAUGUAUAAAGCACAGAUGUACAUACAGUAGAGAAAGAGAUACACUGUAUUUCUGGGAAGAUUGACCUCUGUGUUAGAGGUAGAGAGCCACCUUGCCAGCAAGCAACACCUUUCCAACUUUCCAAAUUCCAAACGGACACAAGAGGGAUCACAGUCGUUCAGCUCCACUUCAGCGCCACCAGCCUGGAGUUGGGAUCUCAGUGGCAGAUUGCAGCGGGCAUCUCGGUCAAUGUUAGAACGAUCUGAGCAGCAGAUCAGGGCGGCUUCGGGUUUGGAGGAACUACUGCAGAUCACACACUUCGAGGACUGGAAGCUAUGGAGAUGCCGACUGAAACUCAAAAGUCUCACCAGCACAGACUCUCGCUCAGCAUCCCAUCGGUCUACCAGGUUUGCGGCCACUUUCUAUGACAUGGAGACACUCAAAGUUAUAGACGAGGAAUGGCAAAGGACACAGUGCAGCCCUCGAGAGACCUGCGUGGAGGUGGCCAGUGAGCUGGGGAGCAGCACGGACACAUUUUUCAAGCCUCCCUGUGUGAACGUGUUCCGGUGUGGUGGCUGCUGCAAUGAAGAGAGCCUCGUCUGUGUCAAUACCAGCACGUCGUACGUUUCCAAACAGCUCUUUGAGAUAUCAGUGCCUUUGACAUCAGUACCUGAAUUAGUGCCUGUUAAAGUUGCCAACCAUACAGGUUGUAAGUGCUUCCCAACGGCUCCUCGUCAUCCAUUCUCAAUUAUUAGAAGAUCUAUCCAGAUCCCAGAAGAAGAUCGCUGCUCCCAUUCCAAGAAGCUCUGUCCUGUUGACAUGCUCUGGGACAGCAACAAAUGUAAAUGUGUUUUACAGGAGGAGAAUCCACUGGCAGGAAUGGAAGAUCACACUCACCUCCAGGAACUGGCUCUCUGUGGUCAGCACAUGAAGUUUGAUGAAGAUCGUUGUGAGUGUGUCUGUAAAACACCAUGUCCCAGAGACCUCAUCCAGCACCCAGAAAACUGCAGCUGCAUUAAGUGCAGAGAGAGUCUGGAGAGCUGCUGCCAGAAGCACAAGAUAUUUCACCCAGACACCUGCAGCUGUGAGGACAGAUGCCCCUUUCACCCCAGAACCUGUGCAAAUGGAAAACCGGCAUGUCCAAAGCAUUGCCGCUUUCCAAAGGAGAAAAGGGCCACCCAUGGGCUCCAGGAUCGAGAAAAUCCUUGAGUUAGCCUUGAUCCCCAGUUCCCCAUCCAUGUCAUUUAAACAGCAUGCUGCUUUGCGAAGUUGCUGUCACUAUUCCAGGUGUUAGGGGAAAAAAAUCCGUUUUACAUAGUACCAUGGUGAAUCCCGACUGACCUUCCAUUAAACAACAGCUGAGGAUUCCCUGGCUCACUGCCAAAUGUCUUCUAACAGAAGAUGCUCUGCACACCAGGGAAUGGAGAGGAAGAAAUCUCCCUUACCCUCCCCCCUUUUUUUCGUGAGUGAAAAAGGUUUGAUCAUCAUGGAGUGACAGGUACCAUGUGAUUAAUUACUCAGAGCAGAUGAGGCAAUUUGCAUAGUCUUUGAGUCCUUUGCUAAUUGCAACUCUCUUGUGAACUGUUUUGAUUCUUUCUUAUGCAGAUCUUGAUGUAUAUGAUCAGCACUGAUUAUCUGAUUACUGUCCAGCUUGUAGUUUUGAGUUCACCAAACUACUGUCUGUUGUUUUAUAUUUAAGUGUAUUUAAAGAAAAUAAACACAUUUAUUCAA